AAGAAGAAAGCAGCAGCAGCUAGCUASCUUGUGCAGGCAAUAAUGAUAUGGCCUAUUUCACUGGACCAGCUUGGCAACUGGCUAUCUCUCUAGUUUGUAGGAGUGACCAUUUGUAAUGUAUUAUCAAUUUGCUGGAGGAAGAAAAUUAUAUCGAUCGAGUAAUCUACGAUGACAAUAGGACUAGCGUGGAAACCAUGAAAAGAUCUAGAAGUGUUGGUGCGUCUUCACCUUUGAAUGGGAUAGGAAAACAAGCUGCUGUGGGUUGAGGGACCUCAGCUGAACCGUUGUCAUGUGGACAGAUGGCGACUCCCGGAGGAAGAGGAAGGUGGCAGAGAUCUCUCAGGCCCUGAAUGUGACGCCGGUGGAUGUGGCGGCACUAAGGAGGAUGGCCAUCAGUGAGGGGGGGCUGCUCACAGACGAGAUCCGCUGUAAAGUGUGGCCCCGGCUGCUGAACGUGCCCACCGACACCCUGCCUGAGAAACCAGAYGAUAUAGAGAGGGAGAAUAAUAAGGACUAUAACCAGGUGCUGUUGGAUGUCCAGCGUUCCCUUAAAAGAUUCCCUCCUGGCAUGCCAGACAAGCAGCGUGAGGACCUCCAGGAGGAGCUGAUUGACAUCAUCCUGCGGGUGCUGGGAAGGAACACCCAGCUGCACUACUACCAGGGCUACCACGACAUCGUGGUCACCUUCCUGCUUGUGCUGGACGAGCGUCUGGCCACCGCUCUGGUAGAGAAACUCUCUACGCACCACCUCAGGGACUUUAUGGACCCCACCAUGGACAACACUAAACACAUCCUUAACUAUCUGAUGCCAAUCAUCGAGAGGAUCAACCCAGAGGUGCAUGACUUCAUGCAACAGGCAGAGGUGGGCACCAUCUUUGCCCUUAGCUGGCUCAUCACCUGGUUUGGCCACGUCCUAUCAGAUUUCCGCCACGUUGUGCGGUUGUAUGACUUCUUCCUGGCCUGCCAUCCUCUGAUGCCAAUCUACUUUGCUGCUGUGAUUGUGCUGUACCGAGAGGACGAGGUGUUGGAUUGUGAGUGUGACAUGGCGUCGGUGCAUCACCUCCUGUCCCAGAUCCCCCAGGACCUGCCCUACGAGACACUCAUCAGCCGUGCAGGAGACCUCUUUGUCCAGUUCCCCCCCUCCGAGCUGGCCAGGGAGGCUGCCCAACAGUACAGUCAACAGACAGCAGCUUCCACCUUUAAAGACUUUGACCUGGUCUCAGAGCAGCAGCGGCCUGACUCAGUGCUGCGAAGGCGGCUGAGGGAGAAGCAGGCGCUGGAAGGAGCAGCUGCAGGGGCCAUGGUGGCGACGGCACAACCCACUGUGGCCCGACGCUUCGUCCGACUGGCCGUCAUGGGGCUCACUGUGGCCCUGGGGGCAGCCGCCCUCACCCUGGUCAACACAGCCCUGGAGUGGGUGCCCAAACUGGACUUGCAUCUCUUCCCCUGAGAGAGAGAGCGAGGGGGGACUUGGAGGGAACAAGUGGGGGCUGACGUACAGACUUAAACAGGGCGGCUAUUACAGCAGAAGACGUACACAAGAGGGAAAGAGAAUAUGGAGUUCUGUUCCCUAUUAUGAAGGACGAGAAUGGAACAGAGACUUGACUGUUAACUUUGUCUUUAACUUAUAUUUGUAAAUAAAAUAACUGGAUACUGAUAAAUGUUGUGCACAGAGGGAUUAAGCUACUUAUGUGAUGGCAAGCGGCAACUAUUAAGGCUUUGGGUUACUAGUUGAAGAGCAGUCACUGGGGUCGAAACUGCUGCCAAUGAAGAGCGUGUGUGAUUGUGUCCGAGAUUUAACUCACCCUUGCCCCUAUGUAGUGCACUGUAUAGGGUGCCAAUUCAGAUGCUGUGUGUGUAUGCUAUUCGGUUCAAGGGUGAGUUAAAUGAACCUCUGAGCCUCACAUGGGCCAUGUUUGCACAAGGACAGAGUUCUCGCAAGCCCCCCMGGCCRGGUSRCCCCCCCCCCCCCC